CAUCUUUACCCCCCCCCCUCCUCUUUUUUGCCUAGGUGUUGAAGACGUGUCAAGUUUGGAAAUCUGAAUGGAAUAAACAUGAAGAGCCUGAAAGCAAAGUUCAGGAAGAGUGAUGCCAAUGAAUGGAAUAAGAAUGAUGACCGCCUCUUGCAAGCAGUGGAAAAUGGCGAUGCGGAGAAAGUGGCAUCGUUGCUGGGUAAAAAGGGAGCCAGCGCCACCAAACUCGACAGUGAGGGCAAGACGGCUUUCCACCUGGCUGCCACAAAAGGUCACGGAGAAUGUCUUCGGGUUAUGAUAACUCACGGUGUGGAUUUAACAGCACAGGAUGGAGCAGGGCACAGCGCUUUACAUCUUGCUGCCAAGAACAGCCACUCUGACUGCGUUAAGAGACUCCUCCAGGCUAAAUGUCUACCGGAGAGCACAGAUAGUUCUGGGAAAACAGCUUUACACUAUGCAGCUGCAUGUGGCUGCCUUCAAAUUGCUCAACUCCUGUGUGAACACAAGUGUCCAAUUAAUGUCAAAGAUGUGGACGAGAAUAUACCUUUGCUACUUGCAGUACAAAACGGUCACGUUGAAGUAUGCAAAUACCUUCUGGAACAUGGAGCAGAUAUGAAUUCCAGAGACAAAAAUAGAAGAACCAGUCUGAUGCUGGCAUGCGAAGGUGGAAAUCUCAGCAUUGUGGAAGCCUUGGUCAGAAAAGGGGCAGACAUAAACUUGGUGGAUGCGCUUGGACACAAUGCUCUACAUUACUCCAAAGUCUCUGAAAAUACAGGCAUCCAGAACCUACUUCAGUCAAAAAUUGUUCAAGAGGCUGAUAUCAAGUCGCCAACAAAGCCAAAGCAGCAUGACCAAGCCUCUAGAUUAAGUUCAGAAAGAAGUGGAACUCCAAAAAAACGCAAAGCCCCUCCACCACCUCCUGUCAGCCCUAUCCAGCUCAGUGGUCUGUCCUCUCCACAUUCCACGACCUCCACCCCAGUACCUGGAAAAGGCCAGCCGUUUUUUGCUGAACAGGGAUCCAAGCAAGAAGAGAACAGUGCGGUUCAUGGUGACAGCAAGGACAGGAUGAAUGUGACCGCUACAGGCCCUGAUAGUUUACUGGAUGCAAGUGCAGAGGCAGACCAGCAAGAACUGUUCUUACUGUUACAAGCAAAAAUUGCUACCCUGACCUUGCAUAAUAAGGAGUUGCAAGAAAAAUUGCAGGUGAAAACGGUCAAAUUGGGAGACAUGGAUACCACACUGGAUUCUUUCCAUUCCACCCAAACAGAGUUUGAUCAUUCAACAGACAGGCUAAGCGAGAGUUCGUCAGUAGCUCAAGAGAUAAGUUGCUCCUCUCCGAGCAGAAGGCAGGAGCAAGCCAGUGACCAUGAAGGAAAAAUUAAACAGCUAGAAGAUGAUUUAAAAGAAGUGCGGAAGAGACUGGACAGCUCAGAAUCAAAAAGGCGCCACUUGGAGACACAGCUUCAUUCUGGAGCCCUGGAAGUGAGCCACUUAUUAAACAGCACAGAGAUCUCCGAAAACGGCUCAGACCUCAAUCAGAAACUGAAAGAGACCCAAAGCAAGUAUGAGGAAGCUAUGAAGGAGGUCCUGAAUGUCCAGAGGCAAAUGAAGCUGGGUCUGGUUGCUUCAGAAAGCAAGGAAGCUGAUCUGCAGGAGCUGAGAGCGACAUGUGAGGAGGUUGAACUCCUGAAGGAAGAGGUGAGGAAAGCACUAGAAGAUGGUGAGAGACUCAAGGCAAGAGUGAAAGAGCUAGAGGCAAAGCUGGAAGAGAGCGAGAACAAGAUGGCCGGCACUAUGUCCAUAGAACAGUGCGAGGAGAUGAAAAACUCCUACUGCGUGGUUAUUGAGAACAUCAACCAAGAGAAGGCAUUGCUCAUCGAAAGGUACAAGGAAGGCCAGGAGGAAAUCAGAAGGCUCCAGGACAAGCUGAAGAGUCAGAUGGAAUUGGGGAGCAGCGAGGAAGGGGAGGAGAUGAGAGAGGCAAAGAACAGCAUGAUCAAUGAACUCAAGAGACAAGUGGAUGAGCUUUCUCAGCUGUAUGAAGAAGCCCAGGCAGAACUCGAAGAUUUCAGAAAAAGGAGCGUUCCAGAAGAGGCCAUCUCAAGAUCCAUACCUCUGGGGGAACAUGAAAAAAUGAUGGAGGCCACGGUCUUGCAGAGGGAGCAAGCAGAGAAUGCAUUAGUGGAAAUGAAGGCUCAGUAUACCAAGGCGCUAAGCGAAGCGACUCAGCUCCAGAACCUGGUAGAUGCUCAGAAGAAGAACUCUGUCUCCAUCACAGAACAUCUCCAGGUGGUCACUGCUCUCAGGACCUCAGUAAAGGAAUUGGGAGAAGAAAUAAGCAGGCUCAGAGAGCUGCUGCUUCUCAAGGAGAGCGAGGUGCAGCGUCUGCAGAGGGAACUGUUAGAAGAAGAGGCAGCAGUGUGUGAAGCUAUGGUACCCAGAGUUCUGUAUGAAGAGUUACGAUCUUCGACAGAAGGCGAAGUCAACAACUUGUCAUCUAAAUUGAAGGACUUGAUGAAUGAGAGAGAGAGCUUGUCUGCAGAUCUCUCACAGUUGAGGAAAGAAUUUGUGCAAGUGAAAGGGGAGAAAGAGAGCCUCCGUGCUCUUCUUGAAGCUAAGGAACAAGAAAUCAAAGGGCUGCUUCAACAGUACCAGCAAGCCCAGGAAGACCUGCUUGAAAUGAAAAGGGCUUCGGAGAGUUCCUCCAAAAUAGAAGAGGACAAAGAUAGAAAGAUAAAUGACAUGUCUAAGGAAGUUUCUAAAUUAAAGGAAGCAUUGAACAGCCUCUCCCAGCUUUCUUACUCAACUGGUACACCCAAAAGGCAAAGCCAGCAGCUGGAACUGCUGCAGCAGCAAGUCAAACAACUGCAAAACCAGCUCACUGAAACCAAGAAACAACACCAGGAGAUUGUAUCUGUUUACCGGACACAUCUGCUCUAUGCUGUGCAGGGCCAGAUGGAUGAGGAUGUCCAGAAAGUGCUUAAGCAGAUAUUAACAAUGUGCAAAAGUCAGUCACAGAAGAAGAGUGAAACCAUCUUUGUUGAUCCCUGAUGCGCCACUGCCUUGUUUGGAGACUCAUCUUAAAAUGAGAUUUUCAUUGGCAAAAAACCCUUGCAGGGAAUUGGUGUCGGUCUUUACUGCUCUUCUUUAUUUUUAUGCCCUUUGAGCUAAAAUGCCAUCGCGUCUUUUCCUCCCUUGCUUCCGUAAAGUUUCCAGAAUUCCACUUUUUGGGGGGUGGGGGGAGGAGGUGGUAUUUCUACAAAAAUUGCCCUGACUUUUUAAAUCAGGGGUGAUCAGAGUCUGCAGUAUUAGGAAGUGUCUGGGUGCUGCUUUCUGCACUUCCACUUCUAAUGUAUUGGUGUAAGCUACAAAAGUCCCAGUAUGCCAAUGUGCACCUGUGGAUGAGUCGAAGAAGUUACACCAUGGGGGGGGGGGGGGAAUGGAGGCAGAGACUCCCUUCUGUGUAUAUUUACGACCCUGAGAUGUUGGUUGUUAACAGUAGAUGUAACUUCUGCUUCUAAUUUACCAGUGAAACCUUUUUGGGCCUUGCUAAAUGAAAGGAGGAAAAAGCCAAGUUUCUUAGGUGACCACAGUGUGUCUUUAUCUUUACAUGGAUCAUUGAUAACAAACCAAGUUAGGUAACAUAAAGUGUAGUCGUAUAUUAAAAGCCAGGUAAAUUAACUGCUUAACUCAGCUAAAGCCUCACUUUCUGUGUAUCCAGGAGUAGGUCAAGCUAUCUAUGCAAAUCCUUGCAGUGUUGACAGGCGUGGAGAUCAGGAGGAGAAAAACGAAAAGUUCUGAAUAACCACCAAGGGAUCCAAACAAAACUCAUGAUGUUUACAGUGAGCGCUGUUGUCUCACGGCUCCUAACCUCAUUUUUGUAAAAGAUCUUCUCGUUGAUAUAUUUUUACUGGCCCUCAGAUUUAGAAGUGUUUUUUGUAACUGAAGCCAUUUGCUGUGUUGCUCCCCUGCCCCCCCACUUUGCGGUAGAUUUUUAUUAUCAAAUGCUUCCGACUUGUUGCCUUUCUGCCGUCUUUCUCACUCACCCCAGUGUUUGGCGGUUGUGCAAGCCAUUGUUUCCCUACCCCAUCUAGAAAAGACUUCUUAAAAUACCUAUACUAGGGAAGGAUGAGGAACGGUUCACUAUUCUCUCUCUCGCUCUCUUUUUAAAAUGCCAGAUGUUGUAACGACUGGAAGCACAGGCUAUCCUUGUAUUGCCUGUGCUUUAUUUCACAGGGCUGUUCGCUACAUUAUUUAUAUAAUACAGGAAUGCUCCUGAAAAUGAUUUCUGUGUCUCAACCUCACCAGUAGGGAAAAGCAAACAUUCAUUACUAUCUAUGGGAUAUAUACACACAUAUGCCCAGGAAAAGCCCAGCCUUAUGAGCAUAUUUUAGUAUAAAUAGUAAUGUUUUAAUCCUGUCUCACCUGCUGUUUUUUUUAUCGCAGAUGUAUACUGUAUACCAAUUUUGACACCUGUUGUUUAACCACUGUAGCCCUUCCCAAAGCAUUGUGGGAAUCGUAAAUUUCAGAGAACUCCAUGAAUUCUUAGUCAGAAAAUCCUCUCAUAAAACUGAAGUUCCCGGGGGCCAGUGGAAGUUUCUGGGUGCAGACACACUUGCAGGAGUACUUCUAUACUAUAAAAAUUCAGUGAAGAGAAUCUAAAGAGCCUAAUUUAAAAGCCUUUAAAGAGAACUAAAAGUUCAGCAGAGAGUGCCAGACACAAGUUCUCUGUGUAUCAGAGCAUCAUGGGAGAGAACGCCUCAACCUUCCACACACACACAUGCACUAAAGGGAAUGACUAUUGUAAUUGGCAUAUCUCUUCACAUAGAGCACUGGACCUUGUGUUGGUUUUAUGCCUGUUGGCAGAGCUAUGGCAGCUGCAGAAGUUUCCAGUGUUCUGUAAGUGAAGUAUCCAGACAUGGAACUGUCCAGUGCCUCAGGAUCACUGACUCAUUGUGCACCAACCGCCUUUUUCCCCCACAGUGGCCGUGCCUAAAUGGAUUUUGUACUUGGGCCUUGAUUUUUCUUCUCCUUGGUUUUAACUAAUUCGUAUUAAUUUUUGGACAGUAUUUUGUAGUUAGACACCCUUUUUUCCUGGAAGAAAAAUGCUCCAAAGAAAUGUGCAGCAGCACUUAACAGAGACAAAUUUUUAAAAAACAAACCUGAAGUAUGCCAAUAAAACGCUGCCAGGUAUAAAACUUGGGGAACCAUUUUGUAGGUUGCCUGACAAAAAACCCCUUAGCUUUUUACCUUGUUUUGUUUAUAUGUAUUUAUUACAAUUAUCAUUGUGAAACAUUGGAAAUUGUACACUAUAGCUUAGUAACUGUCCUUUAUAUGUAAUUUUACAAAAGUUUCCUUAUUCAACAAAUAAAUGGUGGGUUUUUUUAAAAAAAAA